AUGCGUUCGGUUCUCCUCAGACUCGAUGACGAAGGCUCGCCCAUAAAAAACGACGCCGUUCACAAUGGCGUGUUCAUUUUCCCCAGCUACGCUCCACCCGAAGGUUGGACGAGAGGAGCUCCUCUCUUUGAAUUGGUAGUCCAGCUCAAUGCUGCUGCACCAGUUUCCAAGAAGGGAAUUCUCUGCACAAACGUGCCUAAGGAUGGAAAAACUGCCUUCCAAAGAUCGAACUUCCAGAGGUACCCGUUGUCGACUUCGUUCACCAAGGAUACCACGAUUAGAGUGCCUAUAUACUCUCCGGGCCCUUACAAUCUUUACAUUGAGUAUGAGAAUGAAGAACAAGAGAAGGUGAAGACUCCUGAUCAUUAUUUUGUCGUUCCUCCAAACCUCAUGGUGAAUGACAAGUACGUGCCUUUCAAUGCCAUCAACAUUCAAACUGUGGUGUCCAAAUGGGCUGGCCCCUUGGACAAUUGGGAUAAAUUGUUUCGUUACAUUAACGAAAAAGGGUACGAUAUGAUCCAUUUCACCCCAUUGCAAGAACGAGGACUGUCCAAUUCGCCUUACUCCAUCAGGGACCAAUUGCGAUUUGACCCCAAUCUCUUCAAGGACACUGAGUCUGCCAUUCUGUUCAUACAUCGGACCACAGAGAAGCAUAACUUAUUGUCUUUGACAGAUGUCGUUUGGAAUCACACCUCCGACGACUCCCCUUGGCUCAGAGAUCACCCUGAUGCCGGUUACAAUGCUGAAACAGCUCCUCAUUUGACGAGCGCGAUUGAGUUGGAUAAGGCUUUGUUAGAGUAUUCUGAUAAAUUGGCUGAUCUUGGCUUGCCAACAGAGUUGAAAAGUGAAUCAGAUUUGAAGAAGCUUGUUGAUGGCAUUCAGGAUCAUGUUUUGGGCCCCCUUGAAUUGUGGCAAUACUAUGUUUUUGACAAGAAAAGCUCGUUGGAGGACUUAAGAAAAGCUCAUGAAAUCGGAGGUGUGUCUCCCUCUACUAUUCCCGAUGAUACCGAUGUUUCUGAUGUGAAGCAAUUGGCGUCUUUCAUUCUUAAAAGGGCGAGCAUCCAUGAGAAACCCAUCCUCGGAGACAGGUUCCUGAACAAGCUUGACCCAAACAAGUUUUUGAGCUAUCUUCUCACUCUUGCAGGUGACGACUUUAACGAGAUCGAGAAAAAAGCUUCUCAGAUAAUUGAUGAAAUUAACGUUUCUUUGUAUGCAACAUUCGAUGACGACAUUCGCUCAAUCAAGGCCCAGAUUGCUGAUAGAGCUAGAUAUCUUAGAUUGGCUGACAAUGGACCCAAGUUGGGUCCCAUAACGAAAGAAAACAGAUUCACGGAGUCCUACUUCACAAGGUUCGAGGGAAAAGAUGGCAAGGAGUACGCGUUAGCGAACAAUGGAUGGAUCUGGGGCGGAAACCCUUUGGUAGACUUUGCUUCUUCAGAAUCGAGAGCUUACAUCCGUAGAGAAGUGAUUGUCUGGAGCGACUGUGUCAAGUUAAGAUAUGGUAAAGGUCCGGAGGACUCUCCUCAUGUUUGGAAAAGAAUGAUCGAGUACACUAAGAAUAGUGCUAAGGCAUUUAGUGGAUUUAGACUCGACAACUGUCACUCGACCCCAUUGCAUGUUGGAGAGGCAUUACUCGAUGCGGCUAGAUCUGUGAAUCCGGACCUCUAUGUGGUCGCAGAGCUCUUUACGGGCUCUGAAGAGAUGGACAAAAUUUUUGUCGAGAGAUUAGGCAUAAACUCUUUGAUUCGUGAGGCAAUGCAGGCGUGGAGCGUCGAAGAGUUGUCUAGGCUUGUCCAUAAGCAUGGUGGCAGACCAAUUGGUUCACUCACUUGGAUGCCAUUGGACGAUUUCUCUUUCCCGUGCAAUAAAGAGCCCACAGCAGGGAAAUACUCUGAGGGUCAUUCUGAGCUCGAAAUACCUCACGUCCUCGCAAAACAGGCACCUCACGCAUUGUUCAUGGAUUGUACUCACGAUAAUCAGACUCCAGCACAGGUGAGAACUGUAGGGGACACUUUGUCAACUGCAGCGUUGGUAGCAUUUUGCUCUAGUGCAAUUGGAACGACAUUUGGAUUUGAUGAGACUUAUCCCGAGUUGCUUGAUAUUGUGAACGAAACAAGAACAUACGAUUAUGACUUCAAGACGGGAAUCGCGGAAGCAAGAAGAAAGAUGAAUGAUGUUAGAGAUUCCUUGGCUGCCGAGAGCAAAGAUGCAGCUUCCGACCAGGAGAUGUACAUUCACCACGAAGGUCAGUAUAUUACUAUUCAGAGGUAUAAUACAGUUACAGGUGAAGGUUGGUUUUUGAUUGCCAGGACAAAGUUCACCGAUUCCCCAGGCAAUCAGAUAUUGUCUCCAGUUAUCUUGAAGGGGACAAACGUGAAGUAUGAAUUUGGAUAUACCUUGAAGAAGGUAGGUGAGUAUUCAAAGGAUGACAAAUACCUCACCUCUAUACCUACCAAGCUUGAGGAAGUGAGCUUACCUCCAGUUGAACACAACGGUGACGAGGCAAUCAUCCGGGUUGAUAACAACUUUGUGCCGGGAAGCAUUGCUGUGUUCUCUACUAAGAUAGCUAAUGUCGAUGCUUCCUUGGACAGUUAUGUCAAGAAAGGUGCUGUUGAAGCCUCCUUGGGCCUCGACUUGUACGACUUGAAUGCUAUAUUGUACAGAUGCGAACCCGAGGAAAGAGAUGCAAGUAACGGAAUGGAGGGCGUAUACAACAUCCCCAACUACGGCCCCUUGGUUUACGCUGGUUUGCAGGGAUGGGUUUCAGUACUCAAGCAAGCAGUUUGGAGAAACGAUCUUGCACAUCCGCUCUGUGAUCACUUGAGAGAAGGUUUCUGGGCCGCUGACUAUAUUGUCAACAGACUUGAGAAGUAUUCCAAGAAUUCGAAAAAUUUGCACAAAUUUCACGCGUGGCUCAAGUCUCGUGUUGAUGCUAUCAGAGAUGUACCAUACUUCUUGCGCCCACAUUACUUCGCACUUGUCGUCGGAGUUGCUUACGAGGCAGCUAGAUUUAGAGUGUUGAGACAACUUGACGACCACAUAAAAACGGCCACCAACUUCGUGCAAAGCUUGGCCCUCACAAGCGUGCAGAUGUGUGGAUACAUGAAUAAUACCUCUUUGCUUCCAGAUAAGAACAUUCCUUGCCUUGCUGCCGGUCUCCCCCACUUCAGCAACGAUUAUAUGAGAUGCUGGGGUAGGGACGUGUUCAUUUCAUAUCGUGGGUUGUUGAUUGUUCCUGGAAGACACGAGGAUGCGAAACAACAUAUUCUUGGAUUCGCCAAAACUUUGAAGCACGGACUCAUUCCAAAUUUGCUUGAUGCUGGUAGAAAUCCGCGUUACAAUGCAAGAGACGCAGCGUGGUUUUUUGCUCGUGCUGUCGAGGAGUAUGUCACCCAUGUUCCUCAUGGUGAACAGAUUCUUGAUGAGACGGUUUCGAGAAGAUUUCCUCUUGACGAUACCUACGUAUCCUGGGAUGAUAAACGUGCUUUCAGCUACGAGACCUCUAUCAGGGAUAUCCUCUACGAGAUCUUGUCACGACACGCCAAGGGCAUCAAGUAUCGUGAGGCAAAUGCUGGUCCUAAUCUUGACAGUCAAAUGAAGGACGAGGGGUUCAACGUGGAGGUGUAUGUUGAUUGGAACACCGGACUUGUUCAUGGUGGCUCACAAUGGAAUUGCGGUACUUGGAUGGACAAGAUGGGAGAAAGUGAGAAGGCAGGAAAUAAGGGUGUUCCUGGAACACCUAGAGAUGGUGCGGCUGUAGAGUUGCAAGGGCUCUUGAAGAGCACCUUGAGAUUUGUGAAUGGUUUACACAAAAAAGGCCUUUUUGAGCACACUGAGGUUGAGAAGCCUGAUGGCAGCAAGAUCCUGUUGAUAGAAUGGGAAUCCCUCAUUCAAGAAAAUUUCGAGAAAUGUUUCUUUGUGCCUGAAGAUCCAGCCGAAGACGAUCAUUACGAAAUCAACCCUGAUGUUGUCAAUCGCAGGGGAAUUUACAAAGAUCUCUUCAAGAGCGGCAAGGAAUACGAGGAUUACCAAUUGAGAGCCAACUUUCCUAUUGCAAUGUGCGUCGCGCCAGAGCUCUUUACUCCAAAGAAUGCCUUAUCUGCGAUCAACAAGGCAGACGAGAUAAUCAGAGGGCCUGUUGGUAUGAGAACAUUGGAUCCUUCAGACUGGAACUAUAGACCUAACUAUAACAAUUCCGAAGACAGCGAGGACUUUGCUACAUCUAAGGGCAGAAACUAUCAUCAGGGGCCAGAGUGGGUCUGGCUAUUUGGGUACUUUAUUAGGGCAUUCUUGUACUUCAAUCACUUUGCAGACAACGGUGGAGAGGGCAGUCCAACAAAGGAGCUCUUGACUGAAGUAAACAAGAGGAUAAGUGGUCAUAAAAAGUGGAUACGUGAAAGUCCUUGGGCUGGCAUCACUGAGCUAACCAACCAGAACGGAGCCUUGUGCCACGACUCGAGUCCUACGCAAGCGUGGAGUACCUCAUGUCUAUUGGACUUGUACUACGAUCUCUGGAAUUCUGCCCAAUACAAAGAGAAAACCUAG